GACUGCUGGAGUGCUUCAGUUGAGGAGUGAAACAGCAGAGGGUACUCACACCACUACGUGGCGCGAAGAAUGGCUAAUCGAGGAAAUUGGGAUACAGGACGGGAAGGUGAGCGGGAGCGGCGUGAUGUAAGAUAUGACGGGAGACGUGAGGAGAGGCGCGAUGGCUACCAUAGCGCUGGGAGGGAGUACCAUCAAGAGGACGUACGUGAAUCGAUACGUGAUCGAGGUUACGGAUCAGGGGAACAUCGGCGACGAGCACCACCAACCUAUUUCGAAUGCGGACAGGUUGGUCAUUAUCGCAAUCAGUGUUGGAGGUUAACAGGCGAAGGAAGCUCGCGACAGGGAGAAGCGUGUUUACAACCGAGGAACGCAGCGGGCGAGGCAUCGCCAGAACGAGUGAAACUGAAACGGCAGAUUCAAGAUUUGGGAGCAUCCAUUGCUUCCAUGCAGGGACACAUCAAAGCGGAGAACUUGAAGAAGGCCGAACAGUUGAAACAAGCCGAAGAUGAACAAAGGGCGAGAGAGAAGAAAGCAGCUAAAAAGCAAGCCAAGCUCAGGAAGGCCGAGGAAUUUCGCAUGCAGAUGAGGAAAGAGAUGCGCAUGGAAGCGGCCCAAGUGGCAAGAGAACUGCGAGAUGUCGUUUGCGAGGAUUGGCGGGCUCAGAUUAAAGAGGAACUAAGACACAAGAAGAAGACGUCGCCUCCACGUUACACCCCACGUCGGGGUACACCACGAACAAAGAUUGCGGCAACAUUGGGCACCGUCGGGAAGGCCAAAUUUAUCUGCGAGAACAUUCGUGUAUUGGCCGAGUUCGGAGCUGAUGAACUCAAGGAGAUCUGCCGGAAGGAGGAUGUUGAGUAUGGUAAUAAGACUGUAGCAGCGACAAACAUAGCGGAGAAAAGAGCCGCGGAAGCUUACGAUACCUCGAACCAGGAAAUUGCCGAAAGAGAAAGAGAAGCGGAGGGUAUCGAUCAAGAGGAUAUCGACGAAGGUUUCGUGGACGCGGGUAGUGUGGUGUAUAUUUUGGCCUCACCGACGUGUAAAGCUCUAUAUGUAGGUAAGACGUGCAAGGAUGUUGACGUGCGGUGGCGCGAACAUAUCUCACGCUGUGACCGGCGUAGCAAAGACACGCACUUGUACCGCUGGUGGCAGUGUUUCGGAAAGGAGUCCUACGUUCUGUUAUCGGUUGAGACUUGUCGGGAUGAGGAGCUGAUCGCAUUCAAGCAACUGUACAUACAUCGUUGGAAUCCGGCGUUGAACACAAAUGGUUUGCGACGCAAGCGGAAUAGACGGAACAAAAAGCAGCGCGGGAAGCGUGAGAGGCAACGUGGUCAACACGGGUUGAUCAGCGAGCAGAAGGGGCGAAGCCAAAUACCAGUUAAGAUCCAAGUCAACGAGGGAGCGGAGAAUGUGAAUGUUUUCAACGCUUUGACCGAGUUGGAGAAGCGACGUACACGGAAGUUCACAUUAAGAUCAGCCGGAGGUAACACGUGGACAGACGGAUGGAAGAAGAUCUGUAGGGCUUUUGGUACGACACCUGUGAAAUGGGAGGGUACAGUGAAGACUCUAUCGAAGUCUAAGAAGGAAUUAGAAGAUGGAGGGACGUGCACGGUGCAAUACCUGAGACGGUGGCAUCCGAAAGGGAAACAGGACAAGCACGAACUUAUCAAAAUCUUACGUAAUCCGGCCAAGACUGAGGUAUUGAGAGGGAAGGACGCAACUGUGUUGUUUCGACUUUACCGAGGUGCCAAAGGUUUUCAGAAGAAGUCAACCAGAUGCUAUCUACGAAGAUUGCUCUCACGAACAAUCAAGGAAACCACAGGAUGGAUUAUGGGAGCAGAUGUCUGUGUAAAGAUGAGAUUUGACGACCGAGUGAAGCUGGGGGAAGUACGGAAACUGGCUAAUGACAAGCUUAUGGGAUUGGAGUUACCUACCUGCAUGACGAGACGCGCACGUAGCAAGUUGAAAAUCGUUUGGACAAGCAAUCCGGCGGUUUCUGACUUGUUACACAAUCAGAAGAUGUUCGCACGAGCGGAUGUCUGCACCUGCACAUGUGCAGGAUUACCCUAUCCAAGGAUAGGAGAUCAUGUGCGGUUUCAAUUACAGGAAUUGGGGGAUAUCCAUCCUAUGCUGUGUAAUGCUAAGAACGUGCCACGAGUGUCUUGUCCUGAUAUAUCGAUGUUACUGAAAAAGGAGAUCGAGGAAGCGUUCGAUAAAUGGCCGAAUCGAGGUGAGAAGAGAGUUCAUAUCCUUCGUAGUGAAGCUGAAGGUUGCAUGAUGAGCGGAAGUGACACUGAGACGAAUUGGUUGGAGGUGGACGAUGUGAGGGAGGUGAAAGAACGGAUGAGUGGCCUGGUUUGUACACCUUUGGAUAGGAAUACGGGGGAAACCUUUGUUCUUUGCCCUUUGGUGUACCACGAAGCCAUGAUGACGACUUUUGUGUGUAACACUGGCUACCGGAUCAUGGACAAGGAUGAAGCAGCCAUUUUCGCUGAAAUGAAGGUCGAUUUGGUUGGUUUCGGUCUGAAGCGGUUUGUAAAGAUGGAGAAGCAAGGAGUUAUCGGCAAUGCGUAUGUCCAACCCAAGCACAAAGACUUAGAUCGGUUCCGACCGAUCUGUCCUUCGUACUGCGAACCUAUAGUUAAGACAUCAAGGUUGGUGGCUAAAGCACUUAAUCACCUGCUUUUCGCCUUACCAGAAGCGUGGCAUUUCAACAUGAAGGCGGUCUCGGAUAUCGUACCUCGGAUCAACAAGAUGAACAAGAAGAUUCAACAACGAAGGAGUGAAGGCUGUCAUGUCUCAUCGAUGUCAUAUGACAUCAAGGACAUGUUCAGCAAACUGCCACACGAAAAAAUUAUAGAGGCAGUCGAUUGGAUCAUCCGACACUUCAUUUCGAAAGGCAAGACAGCUGUCAGAGUGAAUCCACGUGGACGAGGCAGCAGUUUUGGAAGGACCACCGGAGCUGACCAUUGGCGUACGAUCGAGUUAGAGACACUGAGGCGGUUCGUGGAAUUCGACUUGAAGCACACAUAUAUCAAGGCAACAGGGGUGAUUUUGAAGCAGUUGAUCGGGAUUCCUAUGGGAAAGAGCACGAGCCUGCCUUUGGCGUGCAUCAUGUGCGCACACGCUGAGUGGAAGUUUUUACAGGGGUGGGGAAGGAAAGAGCUAACGUGUUCGGUACGCGGUUGAUUGAUGAUGUCAGUUUGAUUAUCCUGACGAAGAAGGGAGAUGAGGGAAGUGGAACUCUAAUACGGGAGUCGUUCGAAC